ACUACUCGCUGCCAAAGGAUUGUUUGCACCCAUGGACGGCACAAAUGGAGCGAUGGCGUGCGGUGGCAAGGGAAAGGUGGUGGUAGUGAUUGGCGCCACGGCCACCGGUAAGUCCAAGCUGGCAGUCGACCUCGCACUGCGAUUCGGCGGGGAGGUCGUCAACUCCGACAAGAUCCAGGUCCACGACGGCCUCGCCAUCGUCACCAACAAGGUGACUGCAGAGGAGUGCCGGGGCGUGCCACACCACCUCAUCGGUGUUGUGAGCCCCGACGCUGACUACACCGCCGCCGACUUCUGCCGUGACGCCACGCGCGCCGUGGGGUCCAUCCACGCAAGGGGCCGCAUCCCGAUCAUCGCCGGCGGUUCCAACAGGUACCUCGAGGCGCUGCUGGACUGGGAGCCGGCGUUCCGCCGGCGCUACGAAUGCUGCUUCCUCUGGGUGGACGGCGACCUGCCGGUGCUGGACCGGUACAUCCGCGGCCGCGUGGACUGCAUGCUGGAGCAGGGGCUCGUAGACGAGGUCCGGGGCAUCUUCCAGCCGGACGCCGACUACUCCCGGGGCAUCCGGAGGGCCAUCGGCGUGCCGGAGAUGGACAAGUACUUCCGUCUGGAGGCCGUGGGGGAGCUGGACGGUGAUGACGACGAACUGCGUGCGCAGCUGCUCUCUGUAGCCGUCGACGAGAUCAAGGCCAAUACGUGCGGGCUGGUGCGCCGCCAGCUGCGGAAGAUUCGCCGGCUCCUCGGUAUCUCAAGGUGGAGCCUCCGCCGCCUCGACGCCACGGCGGUGCUCAUGUUGAAGACAAGCGUGGCCAGGGACCCCGAAACCGAGCGCGCCGCGUGGGAGGCGGACGUCGCGGGGCCUGCCACGAGGGCAGUGGCCACCUUUCUGGGCCGUAAUGGUCAGACGACAGACGGCAAGGCUGGGUUGGUCGCGGCAGCGGCCAAAGAGGUGGCCAUGGCGGGCGCUGGCACGACGGAGUGGUGCGGCCAGCAGCUUGAGAAGGCAGCGGUGGUGCCGGGCCGUGCCCGUGUGUUCCUUGGAAUGAAGGCAGCUGCUGCGGCGGUUUGAGCUAUAUGUGACCUGUUGGCUCUGACCAAACGUUUGGACUAAUAUUUUUUUAAAAGAAAUAGGUU